UGGGUCCACAGAUAAUGCAACAAAACCGCGUCUUCAACAUCAGAAUCCAAACCCAUCCACUCUCUCUGCUUCCUUCUACUACUUCCAUUUCUUCACUACACUUCUUUUCAACUUUAAAACAAACUCCAGAUUCUGCCUCCUUCCUUUAUAUUCUCAAUUCUCAUUAUUAUAAUCACAAUAACAAGUGAAUCUACAGUUCUCCAUCUGAGAUAUAACACUUGUUAAACCCACAACCCACCUUUGAAGUUUCCUGGAAGCUACACUUUUGAAGCUUUUGACAUUAUUAUUAAACGUCUACAUGCUUUUAUCUGCUGUUUAAGACACUAAUACACACCUAUAAAUAACUGCAAACCAUUGUUAACAUUCAAACAUCAGAAUCUAAGCAGACAAAGCACUCAAACAGAAAACAUUUUGAGAAAAAACCUUGGUUGUGUGUGGUUUCUCAUGUCGUCUGGUCGUAGUAACUCCACUAACAAUGAGCGAAAUGAUGGUCAAGCUGGUAUACCAUCUGCCUACAGAGGAGUCCGGAAGAGAAAAUGGGGCAAAUGGGUGUCUGAAAUCCGCGAACCGGGGACCACGAACCGUAUCUGGUUAGGCAGCUUCGAGACUCCUGAAAUGGCUGCAACCGCCUAUGACGUUGCAGCAUUCCAUUUCAGGGGACAAGGGGCUCGUCUCAACUUCCCCGAGCUCGUCAACAGCCUGCCACGUCCUGCAGACUCUAGCGCAGACAGCGUUCGCAUGGCAGCUCAUCAGGCAGCACUCUGCCUCAGAACAGAGCCAGUAGAGUCAGCCAUGCAAGUGGACACCUCAAGCUCCUCCAACGUAGGUACAACGAUGGUGAGACUCUCGCCCAGAGAAAUUCAAGCGAUCAACGAGUCAACUUUGGGAUCUCCAACCAUGUUGAUGCAUUCAUCAUACGAUGAUGACCCAAUGGGGUUUGACAAUGAUGUGGGGAUGAAUGUGUGGGAUGCAUACCAGACUGACUCUCUUUGGGACCCCUAAUGCCAAAGUCAUGGAGAGUUUCUACAUCUUAAUAUAAUACCAGGUUAAGUCAAUGGCCUAGAAUGCUUAAUUACUAGGGUUUGGUUUACCGUUAUAGCAAAGAAUAAAGUUCAUGUGAGUCUUGGAGGGAAAGGCACUUGCACUCUUCUAAAGGAACAGAUGAGGUUGAUGGGUCCCAGAUAAUGGACCUCUUUACAAAUAUUUUAAAGAUUAUUUGAACUAGUAGAGACACAGCUUCUAUUUAAGGGCUUCCUCUAUUUUAUAAGCUGGUGUAAGAGAUUGUGAGGUGUGACUUAUUUUUUAUUUUUUUCCUAUUGUUUGUUACCUCAUCUGCUUAUGUAAUUCCGUAUGAAAACUAUAAGAUUUUUUUUUUCUUUUCUAACAAGACUUUUGCCUUCUCUUGAUUUUCUUUAAUCCUAAAUGAACCAUUGACUAGUCUCAAGCUUAAUCUACAUUUCAUACACCAAGAUUCUUUACAAGUUGAUCGAGUUCAAUGUAGAUCUUCCAUUUUUCAGGAACCAAAACCAGUAUAUGCUAUAAAUGCAAGCUAUUGCAAACAAGAAAACAUAAUAUACUUUUUAAGCAUUCUUCAAGCAACUUACUUGAUGCUUUUGACAUAUAAUGGCGGUCCAUGUCAGAGAGCCCAACAACAGUACCGAAAGAGAGAUUAACACUUCUGAGAUCUCCACAUUGUCCACACAUCUUUGAUGAUUCUUGAUAAAUAGAAGGGAUCAACUCGAAAUCCUUUUAUAGAAUGCGCACAUGAAUCUCCUUCCCCAGCUUCAAAGCUUUAAAUCACUGCAGAUAGUCAAAACCCUACCCAUUGUAACAGAAUCUGGCCUGUUUGUUUUCCACAUAGCAGUCAAUCAUGGCGGUUCAUGCUUUAACAUUACUCCGCUCCAACCAACCUGUCAAACAGUCUGACAGGAUACUCUGGAACACUGCACUUUGAGUACAUAUCAAAGAAGUGACUAAUGAUACAUUUGGCAAGAAGAGAUUCUUUAAAGCAUAACAAUUAAUCUCUUUUCCCUGCUUUAUAUCCCUCAGCUCUGAACAAACAGGAAGAACGGCAGCAACUGUAACAACGUCUGGCUUAAAGCCUUCUUGCUGCAUCCAGAAAAUCGAUCUCAAAGAUUGAUCAAAUCUUCAGUUAUCCAGACACCUCCUUUCCUAGUCUCAGUGCCUUAACAUCCCCAAGUACAGGAAGAAUUGUUGUAAACAGUUCAGUUAAUAGUUUCGUCGAACACCUUCUGUGCGUCUUAUCGAACCGCGCGAAGUGUACAUAAGAACGAGUUUUUGACCAAAAGAAGUCAUUUUUCUCUAACCCAUCGAUGCGGAAAUGAACAUUUACGGGAGAGAGGCGGAAGAGAAAGGAAAAGCAUCUCUCUCCCUGAAAGGUUGUGCUUUUUGGCUGGAGAAGUAGAAGUGCGUUUACUUUUGAUGGGUCUAGCCGGAGAUUUUACCGGAGCUCUGUCUUUGAGGGGAGGAUGAGGACGGUGGUUGGAGCUCGACGUCAUUGGUAAGGACGGUAUGUACCGGAAUCCGAGAGACGACACUACUUCCAUGGUGACUGAAACACUCACAAGUUACCACUUG